AUGCCUGGAUUGCUGUACAUAGAGAAGUUCGGCAGCAGCGCGCUGACCCCAGACCUGGUGCGCAGGCUGGAGGCAGCAACAGGCAAGCCUGCGCACCACUUCCUCAAGCGCGGCAUCUUCUUCUCGCACCGCGAGCUCGAUAGGAUCUUGACGCUGGUGGAGCAGGGCAAGAGCUUCUACCUGUACACGGGACGCGGGCCCUCCUCCGACGCCAUGCACCUGGGACAUCUGGUGCCCUUCCUCAUGACCAAGUGGCUGCAAGACGUGUUCGACGUGCCCCUGGUCAUCCAGCUGACUGACGAUGAGAAGUUCCUGUGGAAGGACCUGACGCUGGACCAGUGUCAUCAGAUGGCCUACGACAACGCUAAGGACAUCAUCGCUAUUGGCUUCGAUGUCAACAAAACAUUCAUCUUCUCUGAUCUCGACUACAUGGCUCAGUGCAGCGAGUUCUACAGGAACGUGCUCCGCGUGCACAAGCACGUCACGUAUAACCAGAUGCGCGCGAUCUUCGGGUUCGACGGGUCAAGCAACACGGGCCGCAUCAUGUUCCCGCCCGUGCAGGCUGUCCCCGCCUUCAGUAGCUCCUUCCCCUCCAUCUUCGGCACCCGGGAGGACGUGCCCUGCCUCAUCCCUUGCGCUAUUGACCAGGAUCCAUAUUUCCGGAUGACGCGGGACGUCGCCCCGCGCUUGGGGCUGCAGAAGCCGUCGCUGCUGCACUCGAUAUUCUUCCCCGCCCUGCAGGGCGCCAUGUCCAAGAUGAGCGCCUCUGACCCCAACUCCUCCAUCUUCCUCACCGACACCCAGGCUCAGAUCAAGAAAAAGAUCAACAAGUACGCGUUCUCCGGUGGUCGGGACACGGUUGAAGAGCACCGCUCGCUGGGGGCGGACGUUGAGGUGGACGUGUCGUGUAUGUACUUGAGGUUCUUCGAGGACGAUGACCAGAAAUACGAGGAGACCAUCGACAAAUAUUCCAGGGGCGAACUCCUCACUGGCGAGGUCAAGGCGCACCUCAUUGAUGUCCUUCAGAAGCUGGUGCUCGAUCAUCAGGAGAGACGCAAGCUUGUGACCGAUGCAGACCGUGAGCUUUUCAUGACGCCCAGGCCGCUCAACUUCAGACCUGAUGCUUUGAAGUCCAAGCAAGAUAAAUCGACCGUUAAUGCCUCCUAACGCCCUUAACAUCGUAGUGUUUUUGUCUAUGACGGUUUUCAGCGGAGAUUCUGUUCAAAGUCGGUCAAAACAGCUUAGGAAAGCUGUCACCUCCUAAUGGUCAUAACAUCGUAUUUUUUUCUAUUGGCAGUCUUCAGCGGAGAUUCUGUUCAAAGUCGGUCAAAAUAGCUUAGGAAAGCUGUCACCUCCUAAUGGUCUCAACAUCGUAUUUUUUUCUAUGGCGAUCUUCAGCGGAGAUUCUGUUAAGUCGGUCAAAACAGCUUAAGAAAGCUGCUGCCUCCUAACGAUCUUAAUAAAGUAGUGUUUUUUUCCAUAAUGGUCUUGAGCUGAGAUUAAUUCUGCCAAGCCGCUAAGGGAAACUGUUGAAUGAAAUGAAACUGUAUGAUAUCCUCGUAUUUCAAGCGUUAUUGGGCGACGUUUGAGCCUCUGCUAUUCAUGUUCUUUACUUGAUCACUUAAUUUUUUCUACAGAUUUUCUGAUUGAUAAUGGAUAAUAAUAUUAGAGUGAUUGUGGUCUAUGUUUUUCAUCACAUCAGUUGGGGAGAAUUUUGUAUAUUUCAGAAAGAACAUGGAGAAGUAAUGAAGUAUUUUUUGCGUUAUUUUGUGAUAAUGCUAGGUUACAUAAAAUAUUAAUACGGUUUUCAUCAAGUAUUUGAUAAAUUGUACUUGCCAGCGGUUUUGGUGUUUUGAUGUCUUGAAUUUGUUAAUUCCACUGAUUCCUUUUAGGUUUUUACUUACUGGCCGCUUUCCAUGACCAGCUGACGCUAUCGUCCGUGUGAAGAUAGCGCCGCUUUCCACGUCGUCUGUCUUGAAGUUUAUGAGGGUUCAACAUAACUUGAUGAAGUUGUAUGACAGUGUUUUAUUUUCUCAAUAAGUCUUCUUAUGUGAUGACCUUGAAUUUUUAUCUGUUACAGCCAGGGUAUUGAUUGCUUUUUUCACAUAAACUGAGAAUUAUU